CCUCGAAAGGGACAUGUUUCAGACCGUGGAAGUCAGGGACGACCUGAACGCGUUGAAGCAGAAGCACCGGGUGUACCACUACGGCAUCCUGAACAUCAUCGAUGAUCCCACAGCUGUCCAAAACCUCGCAACCGUGAUCGCGCCUACUAUACUCAAGGCAAUGCGGAUGCUGCUGGGUUCAGACAGAGAACGCAGCAAGGUCUUCGUAGGCGUUGGCUACUACUUCUACGAUCACAACAAUGCAUGGACGGACCUGGAAUACACUGCCGAAAACCUCGCAUUGCCUGAGCUGGACGUCCUAGUGAUACUGAGCACCGUCCUGACGAUGCCGAGCCCCGAACGAUGCCUCACGCUGCCCGUCAACGUUUACAAGAGCCGAGACUUGCAUCCACCCACUCUGGACAAGGCCUACCGCAUGGCGACGUCAGUAUUCUCGAAGCCGGAGCUCGUCGUGGCCUUCGCACUGCAGAUGGGCGUCGCCGUUUACAGCUUCGAGAAACGACCCAAAAGCGCCAACAGUGCGCUGUACACACCAUGCACUGGCUUCGGUAUCACGGACUACUCUCAGGCGUGCCAGGUGCCACAGACGGACCUCAACAUCGAGAAGACAGCCAUCGGCCAAGAAUCCGAGCAGCUGUCCCAGCAACUCAAUCAGAGUAGGCUGUUGGCGUAUGACACCCUCCACUACCUUAUCGACAAGGCCAAGAACAUCAUGCGGAGACAAGACGUGCGGGCCAACUUCACGUGGUUGUUGCUCAACGCUGACCUGACGGACAAAACGGGCCAAUGUCUCGGAGCGCCCUUCGAGCGCGUGAAGGGAUUCAGAGAUUUUUAUUACCGGCGAGCACAGAAGCCGAAGGGGUAGCCACACGCGCUGCUGCUGUGUGCUAAUUGCGCAAAAACGCGCAGGUGUCGCACCGUGUUGCGAGCCGUCCUGCAACGUGUCUAUGGGCGGCUUUUUCGUUAGCCCUACGUGGCCAGGUUGAAAAAGAAAAAAGCCUAUAUUUUUAUUCAGUGUCUGUUCCUCUUUGCGGUAGUGCAUGCGAUAAACACAUUGUGGUCAAGCUGUU